UCAACUCAGAAUUCUGUGUCGCGAACCAGCUCAGAACUUGGUAAAAUCAAACUGCAAGAGGGGGAAAAUCUCGAAUUCGAGAUCUGAGAUGAGAGGCGGGGAAGAAGAUGGUUUUAUCUUCACACAAGUCUGUCCUUCCAAGUUUAUAUGACUGCAGAGCCAAUUUCAAGCAGGAAUUUGAAUGGCUUAUUUGCAGCUAAGAGGAACAAAUACUCUUCAUUUGUGGCUUGGGUCCUGGCUUUUCGUUGAUAAUAGUCUAGCUUUUAGCCUUUGCUGUGGCCUGCUUCAGUCAACCUUACUCUCAUCACAGUCUCUCUAGGCUUAUCUCUUUCUCUGUUUUAGUCUUUUGUACAUACUUUUGAAAUUAUUACAGUAGUAAAAAUACGCAGUAGGGAUAACUAUAUAAUGUGGCGCAUCUGAUCUCAGGGAUGCGCUCGUGCGUUUGACAAAAGUGCAGUGAGGUGUCGCCUUCGCCGUCUCACUCAAAAAUCCACCAAGAAUCCCCACUGUAGAUUUGUAGUAGCGGUUUUUCUUCUAACGUGCAUCAUUGUUGAAGACUUCGAGUACCAUUUGAGAAUGCCUUGUCAGCAGUGAUUUGGUCUAGAUCCUUGCUGUCCAUUCAUUAUACGCUGAAAGAUGAAUCUCGACUUUGACAUCCUACAUUUCAUAUUUGAUGAACUAAUGAUAGUAGAGUUUAGCAUUUUGAUAAAAAAAAACAUCAGUUUGACUGACGGCUCCCAACCAUACACGUAGCUACUUCCUGUUAUGGAGAACCGUGUGCCUCAGGGUCAGCUAAUCAAAUCAUCCUUGUAUAUGUAUGCCAUUUUCUUCACCGGGGGCUGGCACACGAAAGAGGCGUAAUGGGUAUGCCCUGCUUCCCCAUUUUCAUCCUCCUGUUCUUGUUUCCUUUCAGCAAAUCUGACGAUCAACUGACACAGGGGAAGCCACUCUCCCCUGGUGAUCUGCUCGUCUCCAAGGAUGGCGUCUUCGCUCUCGGCUUCUUCUCCCCCGCCAACUCCAACAGGAGCCUAUAUGUUGGAAUUUGGUUCUACAACAUCCCGGAGAGCAGCCGCGCCAUCGUAUGGGUUGCCAACCGCGACAGCCCGGCCACCACCGCUUCACCCGCGACACUCGCCAUCAGCGUCAAGUCCGACCUAGUGCUGUCGGAUUCUGAAGGCCGCAUGCUUUGGAUGACAAAGAACAACAUCACGGCCGAUGAAGACGCGAGAGCCUCUGCGGUGCUGCUCGACACGGGGAACUUGGUCCUCCGGUCUCCGAACGGCACAGUCGUAUGGCAGAGCUUCGAUCACCCGACCGACACCAUCCUCCCGGGCAUGAGAUUUCUGCUGAGCUACAAGGGCAGUGUGGUGGGCCGCCUUGUCGCUUGGAAGGGCCCGGAUGACCCAUCCGUAGGAGACUUCUCGUUCGGUCUGGACCCAGACUUGGGCAUGCAGAUGGUCACUUGGAACGGAGCCAAGCUGUACUGCCGCAUCAGCGUUUGGAACGGCGCAUCGGUGUCCGGUGGCACAUACCCUGGCAACAACAGCUCCGUCGUGUACCAGACCAUUGUCAACACAGGGGACAGGUUCUACCUAAUGUACUCGGUCUCCGACGACUCACCGUACGCGCGCAUCAUGCUCGACUACACCGGCACCAUGAGGCUCCUCACCUGGAACAGCUACUCCUCAUCAUGGAUAGCCACAUCCGAGCGCCCCUCCGGCGGUUAUGGUGUCUAUGGCUCGUGUGGCCUGUUUGGCUACUCUGACUUCACGGGGGCCACCCCCACAUGCGAGUGCUUGGAUGGGUUUGAGCCUGAUCCAAUGAAUUCCUCGAGAGGGUGCCGGAGAGUGGAAGCGCUGAAGUGUGGCAGCAAAAAUCAUUUUCUGCGCUUGUCCGGAAUGAAGGUGCCUGACAGGUUCUUGCACAUCCGAAACAGAAGCUUUGACCAGUGCGCGGCGGAGUGCAGCGGCAACUGCUCGUGCACAGCGUAUGCUUACGCCAACCUCAGCAGUGCAGGCACUCUGGGGGAUCAGACAAGGUGCUUGGUUUGGACAGGGGAGCUUGUCGACACGUGGAAGACCAACAACUAUGGCGAGAACCUGUACAUUCGCCUUGGGGACUCUCCUGCUGCAGUUCAGAAAAAUAGCAAUUUAGUGAAGAUUGUGCCACCGGUUGUAGCAUGCCUGCUACUACUCACGUGCAUAGCCAUUGUCUGGAAAUCAGGGGUACGGCGGAAGAAGGAAAUCAAGAAGAAACUGAUGCUACGAUACUUGGGUGCUUCUAGUGAUCUUGGAGGCAAAAAUUCAGAUUUUCCGUUUGUUAGUUUUGAAGAUAUUGUGGCCGCAACGGAUAAUUUCUCCGACUCCAAUAUGCUUGGAAUGGGAGGUUUCGGCAAAGUUUACAAGGGAAUACUGGAAGAUGACAAGGAAGUUGCUAUCAAAAGGCUUGGCAGUGGUUCUGGGCAAGGUAUAGAGGAAUUCAGAAAUGAAGUGACUCUAAUUGCCAAAUUGCAGCACAGAAACCUAGUUAGACUUCUUAGUUGCUGCAUUCAUGAUGAUGAGAAGUUAUUGAUCUAUGAAUACAUGCCUAACAAAAGCCUGGAUUCCUUCCUUUUCGAUAAUACAAGAAAAGAUGUCCUUGAUUGGAUGAUACGGUUCAAAAUAAUUAAAGGGGUGGCAAGAGGCCUUCUUUAUCUCCACCAAGAUUCAAGAUUAACAAUAAUUCAUAGAGAUCUUAAAGCAAGCAACAUCUUGUUGGACAAUGAAAUGAAUCCUAAAAUAUCAGACUUUGGUAUGGCAAGGAUAUUUGGUGGAAACCAGCAGCAAGGAAACACUAUUAGAGUUGUUGGAACAUACGGUUACAUGUCUCCAGAAUAUGUGAUGGGUGGCGCCUUUUCUGUUAAGUCGGACAUCUACAGCUUUGGUGUUCUUCUCUUGGAGAUUGUAAGUGGCUUGAAGAUCAGCUCACCUCAGCUCAUAAUGAACUUCCCAAACCUUACAACUUAUGCGUGGAGAUUAUGGGAAGGUGGAAAUGCAAUGGAACUGGCGGACUCAACAAUUGCUGGUAGCUGUCCAAUUCAUGAAGUUCUACGAUGCAUUCACGUGGGACUCUUGUGUGUUCAACACCAUUCAGAUGCUAGGCCACUCAUGUCAUCAGCUGUGUUUAUGUUGGAGAAUGAAAUAGCUUUGCUUCCAGAGCCAGAGCAACCUGCAUAUUUUGCAGCAAGAAAUCAGGAAAAUGGACAUACCAGGGAAAACAUGGAUAAUUCACAAAAUACCAUGAUGGUGGUUGUAACCUCUACAAGCAACGGGCCGGUGCCGCCUGAUAAGGGGACAGUGUGCCCGCACGUCGCCGGGACGACCCCGCCGGAGCUCCAUCUGACGUGUUGCGUCAGGUUGUCUGGUGGCCUGGCUGUUCGACCACGGUUUCUUGGCGUGUUUGAUACAAUCAACACAUCCAUGGCUUUGACAUGGAGCAUUUCUAGGUCCUUUAAUUCCCCACAAAGACCAGCAGCAGUUUCCUAUCCUGCAACCAAGCUAAUCCAAAGCAUUUUUUUCAUACAAUCUCCUUGUUUUGCUCUUCACAAACAUACAGGCAUGACUCUGCUCCCCUUUUUUAUCCUUCUAUUAUCGAUUUGCUUCUGCAAAUCCGAUGACCGUCUUACACCUGCGAAGCCACUCUUGCCUGGCGACAAGCUCGUCUCCAACAAUGGCAUCUUUGCUCUUGGUUUCUUCUCCCCUGAAAACUCCACCGCAAACUCAUAUGUAGGCAUAUGGUACCACGACAUCCCGGAGCGGACGUAUGUGUGGGUGGCCAACCGCGACAACCCAAUCGGCAGCGGUUUGUCUGGGAAGUUGGUUCUCACCAACAGCUCUGACCUUGUCUUGUCAGAUUCCAAGGGCCGUAUCCUUUGGAUGACGACGAACAACGUCACCGCCGGAGGUGAUGGGGCUGUGGCGCUGCUGCUCGAGGCAGGGAACUUUGUCGUCCAGUUGCAGAAUUUCACGCAGGUAUGGCAGAGCUAUGAUCACCCGACUGACACCAUCCUCCCCGGCUUCAAGUUAUGGGCGAACUACAAGACCCACACAGCAGUGCGCAUCGUUGCUUGGAAGGGUUCUCAAGACCCAUCCACCGGGAAAUUCUUCCUCAGUCGUGACCCCAGCACGGGCCUACAGAUCCUCACCUGGCGGGGGACAAGCAAGUACUGGCGCAGCGGACUGUGGAAUGGUGCAGAAGCUUCGGACAAGAACGGAUACAUGUGGUCCCAGAACGUCGAUGACGGGGAGAUCAUCUACUCGACGUACAACACCGGCAACAGCUCCUCCCGGAGAUCGCACUGGAAGCUGGACUACACGGGCGACUUGAUGCUCAGGAUCUGGAGUGGCCAGUCAUGGGUGGUUCUGUUCAAGCGCCCAGAUGAUGGCUGCCGCCAAUACGGCUCGUGUGGUCCCUUUGGCUACUGUGACAUGCUCACCAGGGUGUGCAGGUGCCUUGAUGGGUUCGAGCCAGUGGACGGCUUCAGUGCCAACUUCUCCAGAGGAUGCGUGAGAAAGGAGGCGCUGACAUGUCAUGGCUACCAUUUCUCAGCCUUGCCUGGGAUGAAGGUGCCUGACAAGUUUGUGUAUGUGAGGAGCAGAAGCUUCGAGGAGUGCACUGCUGAGUGUGAGCGUAACUGCUCCUGCACUGCGUACGCUUACGCCAACUUGAGCAGUAUUGUCGCAACCGGUGGCCCAUCAAGAUGCUUGGUCUGGACAGGGGAGCUUGUUGACUUAGAGAAGACAGGCGUACUUGGUGGCAACCUGUACCUUCGGCUUGCUGGUUCUCCUGGACACAACAGGAAGAGUGGUGUCCGUGUGGUAUUAAAGAUUGCACUCCCAGUUAUAUCGUUCCUGGUGAUACUCUCAUGCAUAUAUCUUGUCUGUAUAUGCAAGCUAAGAGGGAAACAAGCAAACAAAGAAAGCAUGAAAAGACCGGCCCUGGAACAGUUUAGCACUUCGCAAGAAGUUUGGGAUCAAAAUUUGGAAUUGCGCUCUAUUAGGUUCGAAGACAUCGCUGCUGCAACAAACAGUUUCCAUGACACGAACGUACUUGGAAAAGGAGGGUUCGGCAAAGUCUAUAAGGGAACACUAGAAAACGGAAAGGAAGUUGCUGUUAAAAGGCUUAGCAAGGGUUCUGAGCAGGGUAUAGAGCAUUUUAUAAAUGAAGUGGUUCUUAUUGCCAAAUUGCAGCAUAAGAAUCUAGUUAGACUUCUUGGCUGUUGUAUUCAUGAGGAUGAGAAGUUGCUUAUUUAUGAAUACCUGCCCAACAAAAGCCUAGACAAGUUUCUCUUUGAUACUGCAAGGAAGUCUGUACUUGACUGGACAAGAAGGUUCAACAUAAUCAAAGGGGUAGCUAGAGGACUUAUGUAUCUCCACCAAGAUUCGAGAACGACGAUAAUCCAUAGAGACCUCAAACCAAGCAACAUCCUGCUAGAUGUGGAAAUGAAUCCAAAAAUAUCAGAUUUUGGAAUGGCAAGGAUCUUUGGAGGCAACGAGCAACAGGAAAGUACCAGACAAGUUGUUGGGACUUACGGGUACAUGUCGCCUGAGUAUGCGAUGGAGGGCAUUUUUUCCAUCAAGUCUGACAGCUACAGCUUUGGUAUUUUGCUACUAGAGAUUGUAAGUGGAUUAAAGAUCAGCUCACCUCAUCAUCUUGUGAUGGACUUUUCAAACCUCAUAUCCUAUGCUUGGAACCUGUGGGCAGAUGGAAGAGUGAGGGAUUUCGUGGACGCGGCCAUCACGGGGAGCUAUUCGCUUGACGAAGUGUCCAAGUGCAUCCAUGUUGGGCUCUUGUGUGUCCAGGACAGCUCCAGUGCUAGGCCACACAUGUCAUCGGUCAUUUCCAUGCUCGACAGUGAAGCCAUUCCUCGUGCACCGCCAGAGCAACCUGUGUAUUUUGCACGGAUAAACUACGAAACCACUGAAGCGAUGGAAGACACGGAGAACUCUGCCAAUGGCGUGAGCCUUACGGCGCUAGAAGGACGAUGACUCCGUUAGCUGCUGCAUGUAUGUAACAAGAAGUAGGACAAUUGAGUUGUCUCAAACUCUCAAUAAGGCGCUGCUUGAUAGGCAAUGCUAUUUGAGGGACCGCCCACCAUGAGUAGAUUAUCCGACCAACACAAGGUGAUAUUGCACAUAUGUGGAGCGCCGCCAUCCAUGUCACCGGGUAUAACUAAUCUCCACCUUGUCAUCACUUUGCUCAUCUGAAACAUCAUAUUAAUUCUUCUUA